AUGCAGUUAUGUCGUUUCUGUCGUGGUCAUCGCAAUGAGUGGGAGUUUCGUCGUAGCCGAUCCAAGGAAAAUUUGCUCAUACUUCUGUGUGUAAUGCUGGAGAAGAAAAAAGUGCAACUACCAUAUGCGAAAGACUUGUAUCACGAAUGUAAACGUUUACGCAAACGAAUUUGUAAAAGCCAUUACGAGGAAGCGGCUUCUUAUAUCAGCGAUACAGUGGCCGUGAUCUGUAAUGGUGCUGUAGAAGAUCUCUUCAGCGUACCGGUUCAUGUUGAGGAAGAAUUGGUUGCUCGCUUGGAACCUCACAGGGUUGCUAUUGAUGCAAGUUGUGAGCUCACCGGCUCCCAUCUGGUUGCAUUUCAUUGUGAAAACACGAAGGAUUUGAAGAAGGAACCUCAGGAAGGAAGCAAAUCGUUUCAGAGUGAUGAUGGCAGCAGUUUUGAUCUCAAUGAACCGCGUGUUUUUCCAAUGUGUACUGAGGCAACUUCUAUUGUGGAUGCAGCAAAACAGGUUAUGGUUCGCCCUCAUUCGACUGGGAAUCGCCGGCGUCCCGGUGGUGUGGCUUUGUCUCACGGAUCUCGUAAAGGUGUGGGAUUAUUUCCUGUGCGCGUCAAAGAGUCGACGUCGCUAGUGGAGACAGAAAAGCCGGCAAUGGUCAUGAUUUCAUCUGGUUCGACUGUGGAUCCUAGUGGCAUUCUAGAAUUAGACGAAACUGACCCAAAGUUGCUUGACGAGCAAUUUCUUAUAACGGGGAGCCAACUGCUGAAACUCUUCCGUUUCUGCCCGUCCUGCGGCACUAGAAUAGCAAACCCAGCACAACGUGUCAGUUUGGUGGCCGUUGGGACAACGCCAGUUGUGCACUACAUCUGCACAGCAUGCUCCCCAUUUGAGAAGCGUUUCGAAGGACAAGUGGAAGAAGCACCACAUUCAAGUGAAGUGGGUUUCAAAAGCAGUACGGAAAUUGCCAUGGCUUCUGUAUCAACGGAAAACAUGUGUGAGGUAUAUCUC